AUGGUUUCUAUCCCGCCCCUCGCAAGUGGAACGCAACGAAGACGACACACGACAGCAGGAUGGGACUUCUACGUUACUUGGAAAGAUGGUUCCUCAAAUUGGAUACCUUUGAAAGAUAUGAAUGAGUCGUUCCCGAUUGAAGUGGCCGAUUACGCGAUAAGCAAGGGCAUCCAAGACGAACCCGCUUUUGCAUGGUGGAUCCCACACGUUGUUCGAAAGCGAAAGCGAUUCCUUGGCAAAGUAAAAUCGAAGUACUGGGAACGUACGCACAAGUACAAAAUACGUAUCCCAAAAUCGAUCAAAGAAGCCAUCGAAAUCGACAAAGCAAAUGGGGACACACUAUGGCAAGACUCAAUUCAAAUGGAGAUGAAAAACAAUCGAGUCGCUUUUGAAGAAUUCGAUGGAGACGUAGAGAAGCUGAUGGGAUACAAAAAGAUCAUGGGACACCUAGUAUUUGAUGUGAAACUAGGGGAAAACUUCCGAAGGAAAGCGAGGUACUGCGCUGAUGGACACAAGACUGAAGCACCCGCAGCAUUGACCUACAGUACGGUAGUGUCCCGUGAUUCAGUUUGGAUACUACUAAUGAUAGCAGCGCUAAACGGAUUAGACUUGCAAUGCGCGGAUAUUCAAAACGCAUUCCUCACUGCACCAGCGAUCGAAAAGUGCUACCUGGUAGCAGGACCCAAGUUUGGUGAAGAAGGCAAAGUAUUUAUCGUAAGAAGAGCAUUAUAUGGCUUAAAAAGUUCAUCCGCAGUAUUCAGAUCACACCUGGCGGAGACUUUGGAGGAUUUGGGCUUCAGCUCAUCAACUGCCAACCCAGACGUUUGGAUGCGAGCGGCAGUGAAACCUGACGGCGAGGAAUACUACAAAUACAUCCUUUGCUACGUCAACGACAUCCUAUGUAUGUCGCUGAAAGCCAAAGAAGUGAUGGAAGGAAUUGGAAGGAUGUUCAAGUUCAAGAAAGGGAAGAUUGAACCUCCAGAAAGCUACCUGGGAGCUAGGUUACGAAAGAAGACUUUGGAUGGACACGACAUGUGGACGAUGUCAAGUUAUGACUACGUCGUGGCAGUCAAUAACGUCAAGGAAACAUUAAAGGACAGCCCAAAAUGGAAAAUGCCCAAGAAUGCACCAACGCCGAUGACUAGUGCCUAUGAACCGGAGAUGGAUGGAUCAAGCGAAUUAGGACAAGAAGACCAUACCUACUUCCAAGAGUUGAUUGGGAUAUUACGAUGGGCGACAGAGAUUGGACGAGUCGAUAUCUUACUGGAAGUAUCACUCCUGAGCCAGUAUCAAGCAGCUCCAAGGGAAGGACACAUGGAACGAUUACAUUUAUAUGCGUACACGUGUACACGUGUAUGUGUAUCGCAGUGA